AUCCCGCCAGCCCCCGCGGUCGCGUGCUCCUGCCUAUCGAGGGGUCGCCGUGCGCCUGCGCCGGGGCCGGUGGGGCGCCAGCGCGCCUGGGCUUUCUCCUCAAUUUUCCCUCUUCCCCCACUGCGGCUCCCCGCCGGCGCUUGCGCAGAGGACUCAACGCGGAGGUGGCCGAAUGGCCGGGAGGGGCUCGGAUUGUCCAAAGCCACAGGGAAAAUGGUGGAAAAUUCCCCGUCGCCAUUGCCAGAAAGAGCGAUUUAUGGCUUUGUUCUUUUCUUAAGCUCCCAAUUUGGCUUCAUACUUUAUCUUGUGUGGGCUUUUAUUCCUGAAUCUUGGCUGAACUCCUUAGGCUUAACCUAUUGGCCUCAAAAAUACUGGGCAGUCGCAUUGCCUGUGUACCUCCUUAUAACUAUCGCAAUCGGUUACGUGCUCUUACUUGGAGUUAACAUGAUGAGUACCUCUCCACUCAACUCCAUUCACACAAUCACAGAUAACUACGCUAAAAAUCAACAGCAGAAGAAAUACCAGGAAGAGGCCAUCCCAGCACUAAGAGACAUCCCUAUUAGUGAACUAUGGAUGCCCCAAAUGUUCUGUGCAUACUUUGACCAGAUCCACACAGCGUACCCUAGAAGGAAGGAGUUAACAACCGCAGGAACUGGAGCCCAGCGUGGGCAGGCAGCUUUGUGAAGAACCUGGGAGAAGAGAAACCAUAGUGCCUGUACAAAGUCAACAGGAGACCUGGCAUGGAUUUGGUGCCACAUCUGCAAAUUGAACCUGCCACAUGAAGCUGCUAAGCUGCCUGCACAGGCAAGAAGGUGAGUAUAUUCCCAGGAAGUCCUUUCCACAAUGAAAAAAGAAAAAUCGCCCUAAAUCUCACAGUCCAGGGUUUCUAG